AUGAUGAAGGGCUUCAUUACAACCAAAUCCGCAAUACCAGAGCAAUACGCUGAAAUAAUAGCAGAUUACUACAGCUCAUGCGGCUCGGAGUUCACGCUCUCAACUUAUGUAGAGGCAAUCAGGUUCAUGACAUUCGAAGCACUGGGCAUGGCCCAUAGCUGUUGUAAUCCAAGUUCUCUGGUCGAGGAAGGUGCGGCUUGGAUUGAUAUGGAUGAUCUGGAGGUCAUCGAGGAGCACGACUUCUUACUCAAGUUACACGAGCUUUUGGUCGUUGAAUUUACGCAAAAAGCUAGCGAGUAUCUGGGAAAUGGGCCAAACGAUAUCCCAUUGUUCCCUCAGUUUUGGAAAUCAUACUGGGCCGAUCGAAUGACCGAUGAGUUAGAAAAGCUGGGCGGGGAAGACUUGACUGCUGAAGAAAGACGAGAUGCAGAGGAAAUCGGCGUGAUAUGGGACAAGUCAACAGGGAGCGGCGAGCGUAAAUCUAGAAACCCAUACCACAGGCGGGAUAUGGAGCACUACUUCUUUGAGUUGGACCUCAUCUGCCCUGAGUACAAUGAGCCAUGGCCAGAGGGAAUGCGUCGCAUUCAUUAA